CUUCGAUUGUAUAUCUCUUGAUGUUUCUCUGUGCAUCCAUCACUGCAGGAAUUUGUAGAUUAGAGCAGUUGCAAGAGCUUCGUCUUAGUCGAAACAGAUUUGUGGGUGAAAUCCCACUCUGUUUUUCGAGGUUCUCCAAACUCCAAGUUCUUGAUCUAUCAUCAAAUCACUUAAGUGGGAAGAUUCCAUAUUUCAUCAGUGACUUCAAAUCCAUGGAAUAUUUAUCACUACUCGAUAAUGAAUUUGAAGGCUUGUUCUCGUUGGGUUUGAUCACCAAAUUAGCAGAGCUCAAGGUUUUUAAACUCUCUUCCAGGUCUGGUAUGCUGCAAGUAGAAGAGACUAACAUUUCCAGUGGCCUGCAAUCGCAGCUAAGUAGUAUCUCAAUGCCACACUGCAACCUUGGAAAAAUCCCUGGUUUUCUUUGGCAUCAGAAGGAAUUGCGGGUCAUCGAUCUCUCCAACAAUAUGUUAUCCGGAGUGUUCCCCACUUGGCUGCUGGAAAAUAACACAGAGCUUCAGGCCCUGUUGUUACAGAACAACUCAUACAAAACACUUACACUUCCAAGAACAAUGCGCAAGUUACAGUUUUUGGAUCUUUCGGCGAACAAUUUCAACAAUCAACUCCCUAAGGAUGUCGGUUUGAUACUUACGAGCUUGAGACAUUUGAAUCUCUCAAACAAUGAGUUUCAAGGGAACAUGCCCUCCUCUAUGGCCAGGAUGGAAAAUAUUGAAUUUAUGGACCUAUCUUACAACAACUUCUCAGGGAAAUUGCCAAGAAAUCUUUUCACAGGUUGCUAUUCAUUGAGUUGGCUUAAGCUCUCGCACAACAGAUUCCGUGGCCCGAUUAUUCGGAAAUCGAGUGAUGAGACCUCUUUGAUUACGCUGAUCAUGGACAAUAACAUGUUUACAGGGAAGAUCCCUCGCACUCUACUCAACUUAAGGAUGUUGAGCGUGAUCGACUUAUCAAACAAUUUCCUCACAGGUACAAUUCCAAGAUGGUUAGGCAAAUUCUUUUUGGAAGUUCUGAGGAUCUCAAACAACCGUUUACAAGGUACAAUACCACCUUCUUUGUUCAUCAUUCCAUACCUCUGGCUCUUGGACCUUUCUGGAAACUUCUUAUCGGGUAGCUUACCCCCACGGUCCAGCUCGGAUUUCGGUUAUAUAUUGGACUUGCACAACAACAAUCUCACUGGAUCUAUUCCAGACACGUUGUGGGACGGGCUCCGGUUGCUUGAUCUGAGAAACAACAAACUGUCUGGAAACAUACCACUGUUCAGGAGCACCCCGAGCAUCAGUGUUGUUCUUUUGAGGGGUAAUAACUUGACAGGAAAGAUUCCUGUUGAGCUGUGCGGUUUAAGGAACGUAAGGAUGUUGGAUUUUGCUCACAACAGAUUGAAUGAGUCCAUACCUUCGUGUCUCACCAAUCUAUCAUUUGGCUCAGGAGGACAUAGUUAUGCUGAUUCAGAUUGGUAUCCGGCAAGCAUGCUCUCUAACUUUAUGGAGCUGUACACUGAAGUAUAUUACAAGUCCCUAAUCGUGUCAGAUCGGUUUUCUCUAGACUACUCUGUAGAUUUUAAUGUCCAAGUUGAAUUUGCGGUGAAACAGAGAUAUGACUUGUACAUGAGAGGAACUCUUAACCAGAUGUUUGGCCUGGAUCUGUCGAGCAACGAGUUAAGUGGUAAUAUCCCAGAAGAGCUAGGAGAUCUUAAGAGAGUGUGAUUCCGCAAGGAAAACAGUUCAACACC